UAAAUUUUAUAAAUGGGAAUAACUUGUUUAAAAAAAAAAAAUGUGUAAUUGGAAUAGAAAUAGGAUAAAUCAUUAAAGGAAAGUAAUUUGAAAAGUGCUGAAUUAUAUGAGCCAAAAAUGGGUUAAAAUGAAAAUAAGUAGAUCAACUAAUAUCAUGAAUUUAAAAUUUGGAACUUUUAAUAAAAUAGAUGGCUUUAACUAAAAAGCUUCCAAGUAAAUUUUACACUAGAAAAUUAAAUUAAAUACAUUUAUAAUGGAGAAAUACUUAGAAUGUAAAUAAUUUAAAUAAAAUAACUUAGAGAAGAAUAGAAAGCUUAGAUAGGGAGAACUGAAGUUUUAACUAAUUUAGAAUAAAUCAAAUUUCUUUAAUGGCGAGGAGAUUAUGGCAAGAAUCUUAAAAAAAAUGGAAGAUGGACAGCUUUUUGGAAAUCAAAACAACUAAAAAAAGUUGGUGGAUAUUACUUAGAGGAUGGGUCUAAACAAGGUUUGUGGAAAGAAAUAAUGAAGAAUUAUUGUAGGUGAAUAUUAAAAUAAAAUAAUAGCCAAUGCAAGAUAUUUGAGAUGGGAGAAUAUUAAAAGAAUUAAAAAAUUGGACAAUGGGAUUAUAUAUAUAAGAAGAGGAAGAUGUAUUUUAUUGAGUUAACCAAUUAGAGGUGGUGGAUUAUAUAAUGAGUAAGCUUAGAAGAAUGGUAAAUGGAUAGAAUUAAUUAAUGGAUUUCAUGAAAAUAGAUUAGUAACCUUAAGGUGCGAAUAUAAAAAUGGGAAAAAAGUUGGUAUUGAGGAUAUUUGGUACGAAGAUCAUGGGAAUAUUUUAAAUUAAUAGAUGUAUGAAAAAAUUAUGUAGUUUAUAUGAUAUUCUGUGUGUGUUUGUUUUUCUAGUGGUUGCGGAUUGUAUUGUGAAGAGGUUUGAUGAUUAAGUAGGGUAAUUGGAUGGAAUGCUUAGAUGGAUAAUUUUCUUCUAGAUUAAUGAAUUAUGGUUAAUAUAAGAAUGGUAAAAAAGUAGGGAGUUGGGAUAUUUUGUAUAAAAAUAAAAAGAUGUAAAAAUAAAUUAUAUUGUCUUCAUAAUUUCCUUGUUUUUGUAUAUUAGUGGUGGUGGAUAAUAUGAUGAAGGAGGAAAUGAAUAUAAGUUGGGCGAUUGGGUGGAAAUAUCAGAUGAAUAUAAUGAUUAGUCUAAAGAAAUGUUUUUUGGGGCUUAUGACAAUGGUAAAAAGGUUGGUGUAUGGAAUAUUUUAUAUAUAAAUGAAUGGAAGUAAAAAUAUAUUAUUUAGUUACAAUCAUAAUAUAAUUCAAAAAAUAGUAAAAUUAGUAGAGGUGAAUUAUAUGAUAUAAUUAAGGAUGGGAUGUGGGAUGGUUUGCAGGAUGAGUUUAAAGAUAUAAUAUAACUAAUUCAUAAGGGCGAAUAUAACAAUGGUAAGAAAGUUGGUUAAUGGGAUAUUUUUUUGAAUUGGAAUGGUUAAUAAAAAAUGUAAUACUUUAAUAUAAAGUGAUGAUAGUGGCGGUGGAUCAUAUGAGAAUGGAGUUAAAUUUGGUAAUUGGAUUGAUUUAGAUUGCUCUUUUGAAAUUAAUAAAUAAGUAACUUAUACAGGAUAAUAUAAUGAUGGUUUUAAAGAUGGUAUUUGAGAUAUUAAUUUUAGGAGAUAGAAAUUUAUUUAAUUCUAACAAAUGUAAAAAUGUUCUAUAAAAGUGA